GCUGCUCGCUUUCAAGUUUCCACUCCCCCCAUGGAUUUUGAAUCUGAUUACGAGAUUGCCCGCACCGCCGAGUUUCUUCUCUCUCGGAACUUCACCAGAGUCGCUUUACAGUUCCCAGAUGAACUAUUGAAGGAUUCCACGAGAGUGGUGAGAGCUCUGCGCGACCAACUUCGGUCACUGAGAAAAUGUGGCGCCGAACAAAAUGGAGGCAACAAAGAUGUUAGAUUGUUUGUGAUGGCGGACACAACAUACGGCAGUUGCUGCGUUGACGAGGUUGGAGCGUUGCACGUUAAUGCCGAGUGUGUUGUACAUUAUGGGCACACUUGUCUCAGCCCGACAACAACUCUUCCUGCAUUCUUUGUCAUUGGAAAGGCUCCUGUUAGCAUACCCAACUGCAUUGAAAGUCUUUCAAGUUAUGCUUUGACCAAUGACAAGCGUAUCCUAGUCCUUUAUGGGCUGGAAUAUGCUUAUUCGAUAAAGCAUAUAAGAGAAGCAUUGGUAGAGGCAUCAAAGUUAUCCGAGUCCAAAUCCAAAUUAGAAGUCUGUUUUGCCGAUGUUAGUUGUUCUGUUAUGAAUUCGUCUGAUGAUCAUAGAAGCUCCACUGGACUUGUGGAACCAGCUGGUGUUUGUACCGAUGAUAACACUUAUGGGAUGGCACCUGAUAAUAGAUAUAAGAUUGGGGGCUUGAUCUGGACUUUACCUGAAGGACACAAAAUGGAGGACUACUUGCUUUUUUGGAUUGGUUCUGACAACCCAGAAUUUGCGAUUGUUGUACUUACAUUUAAUUGCUGUGAUAUAGUCAGAUACAAUCCAAAAGAGAACCGUUUGGUGACAGAUGUGUCUCAGCAGAAAAGGAUUCUUAAGCGCCGAUAUUACCUAGUCGAAAAGGCAAAGGAUGCUAACAUUGUUGGGAUUUUGGUGGGAACUCUUGGUGUAGCUGGUUACCUUCACAUGAUUCACCAGAUGAAAGACCUGAUCACAGGAGCUGGGAAAAAGGUCUAUACACUUGUUGUUGGAAGACCAAACCCUGCAAAACUUGCCAACUUUCCCGAGUGUGAUGUUUUCAUUUAUGUGUCUUGUGCCCAAACUGCCCUUCUGGAUAGCAAAGAGUAUCUAGCUCCCGUUAUCACUCCAUUUGAAGCCAUGCUUGCUUUCAACAGAGGAAGUCAAUGGACAGGAGCGUAUGUGAUGGAGUUCCGGGAUUUGAUCAAUUCGUCUUUAGUGGAAGUUAAGGAGUCAGAAGAAGCAAGGUUUUCAUUUUUGUCUGGUGGAUAUGUAGAAGAUGUUGAUCUGCAAGGAAAAGAAAUUGACAAGGAAGACAAGGGAACUCUUGCCUUAGCCAAUGCAAUGGAGAAGGUUCUGCAAUUGCGUGAUAACCCAAACUCUUUAAAAAAAAGUAGAGCUAGAUCUGGGCCAGAGUAUUUUGCAGCUCGAUCUUACCAAGGUCUGGAUAUGCAUUAUGACAAUUCCUUGCCGGAACCGUAUUUAGUUGGGAGGAGUGGGAGGGCAUCAGGAUAUGAGGAUGAGAAAAAAUAGCAGGUGGAAUUAUGAUGAACACGGGGGAAAAAGAAAAAGGGAUUAUGAGCCCCAAGAUGGGUCAAAGCUUGAGAAACAGGUUCUUAAGUUGGCUCUGCCGGAUGUCAGGGGAAAGAUCAUAUUGCUACAAAUCUCCCAGGAGGGUUAUGAACCUCGGCAAACUACCGGAUCUGGCAAACGGUUACUCAUCAUUUUCGAUGAACCUGAGAGGUUGCUUUUUUCCUACUUAAAAUACAUUUGUCAGCCAUGGAACAUCUGUAUCAAUCUUAUUUGAGAGCAUUUGCGAAACCUGGUGCAACCUGAUCAUCCUGUCAGGGGGGUUUGUCUUCAUUUUUGUAAUUUGCAAGUUUUAGGAUGGGAAGUGGGUUUGUUCUUGUUUUUCGUUGUUUUGAGGAUUUUAUUGUGAAUCACAUGAGAUAACCUGCUUCAAGAUCUCAGAUUUAUUAGUUUAUUUGAUUUUACAUGAGUUUAUUUCGGCUAAAAA